AACAAAUAUUAUUAUCAUCUGGUUUGCAGAAAACGAAUAAAUGAGCCGAAUUAAUUAAUGAAGCCCUUAGGUUUAACUCUACCAAUAAACAACAGCACAAUUGUUUAAAUAUUGUCUACGACACGGAAUUAUUUAUCUAGUCGGCACGAGACCAACAAAUUUAAAUCAGAAUGCUGAACACAGAGACUUUGAGAGACAAAUGUUCUUCUAUACUGAAGUACAAUGGAAUGGAACAAUGAUUAUUAUGACAGUCAAUGGGAUUAUUCACAAAGUGAUCGCACCAUGCAUUAUGUAAGCUACAUCCUUGCAGCAACCUGCUUCGUCGUCAUAGUUCUAGCCAUCGUUUUCCUCCUUCGAGAAUGCUGCGACUACGACCACAGCACCGAGAACUCCGAGAUGUUUAUCCUCCGAAACGAGGAAUCCUACGCCCCAAAUUACACCGAAACUACGGCCGAGAGAGAGCAGACGCGCGGUCAUCGAAUUGCGCACGAGUUCAACCGUCAUCAGAAUGUGGUUUUAUUAUCGUCUGCGCAUUCCAUGGCCAACCAGCCACCGCCGUAUUAUGCGUAUGAUACAACGACACGCGCAACCUACUACAUGUAUCCAACUGCGCAAAACACGGCGGGAAGUUUGAAUGCGCCAACAACGUCAGCGCAAUUGGUACAACGUAAUUAUGGAGAGACGGUGCCUUUAGGUGGAACGACAGCCAGACCACCACCGUACGCACCAAAUCAUCAUUAAUGUACUCUUAACAUGUUGGCAAAAACACUUGUUAUAUAUUCUUCGAAACCGCGGCUUCGGCUUUGGAUUUGGCUUCAGGCUCCGUCCUCUCGUCUGCAGCCCUGCUGAGCGCGUAACGCAAAGCACGCGCAAUUGUCGAAACAACCGCGAGCCAAUUUAGCCUGAGCCGAAUCCAGAGCCGAAGCCAUGGUUUCGAAAAUGGCCUAUGAUGUUAAAAACUCUUACUUAUAAGUUCUUGCCUUUAAUGGUGAUGUUUAAAAACAUAACCGUCUAUUAUACUCUUACUCUUAUUGUGUUGAUAAACACAGCAGUAAAUACGCAAUUUAUUCUACUUUUCCGACUGUGGUUUAUAGAGAGGAGAUCUAGCUGUGUUUACCUAGGUCAGGGAGACGUGGCGGGCCUGACAUCCUGUUUGGUCCUCCAUUAACAACUACCAUUACCAAACCUAGGUUUUAAAUACUGUCAUUUUUGUGACAAGAACAUGUCUUCAUACGCAUUGGUUAAACUUGUUAAAAUCGGUGCUUGAGUGUCAUUAAUAUCAUAAUCGAUCCAUGAUUCAUUGUCAGUAAAAA